CGCGUGUGUUUGUAGUGUGAACAUGUCUUUACCAUGGUCGGAACUUAGUGUUUGAGAUCAAUAAUGUAGUAAGGAUUUGGACUAAGUGCCGCUUAUUGCGCCGUUAUAUAUUCCAAUUUUAUAAAAGACGCCAUGUCAAGAUGUUUGUGGCUAAUUAUUUUUCUACUAAACACUAUUACAGCAGAAUUAUCCGAGGAAGAAGAUGACUACAGGAUGAAAAGGCAAAUUAAUUCUAUACCUCUCGUUUAUCCUUAUGGAGCGACUUAUAAGUUCAUCAUAGGAUUCUCAUAUCCAGUCCCUAACAAAGACAAGAUAAGCUUGGCGUUUGCUGUGAACUUCCAGUACCAAUACCUACAAUUCCAGAAUAUAUCUGAGGUAUCUAGAUAUUACUUUAUCAAAGAAGUCUCCAGAGAAGAAAGGGAAGCUGACUUGGAAGCGAGGAAAGAUGAACGACUUGUUUUUUAUCGAGCUGUAGCUGAUAUGUUGGAAUCUAAAGGAAUGAACGGCCCGGAUUGUGUGUUGCGAGCGAUCUGUGAAGCUGCCCAGUACCCUGUGGAUGAAGACGGUCUGGUGGGGGAACUGCUGCAUAUUAUGUUAACGCCAGACUACGGUAAAACCCCGUUCGACGAGGAGGACCCAGACUACAUAGAGGCAAUGUCACCUUAUAUAGACGCAGCGGUUGCUGGCAGACAAAUGUUCGACUGUGCGUUUAUUUAUCACAAGUGCCCUCAAGGACAGGGGGUUUUGGAACUUAUAUCGGCGCUACGUGAUGAUUGAAAAUGUGCUUUUUAUAUGGAUUGAAUUUAUAAAAAAGAUACACCAAUUUAUGAGUAUUUGUAAAGGACUCAAAGGAAUGUUAAGUUAUAUA